AUCAUGGGUUUGUAGGAAGCAGAUAGGGAAGUUUACUGGAGGAGAGAGGACGUGAUCGGCGCAUAGCAAUUUUUUAAAAUUUUCUUAUAAUAGGUUGUAUACCGAGGUUGUGUUUCCUUUUUCCGCCGAAUGAAUUGUUGAGCUGAUACAGUGUACGAGUGGUAAAAGCCAUUUUCGUCAGAGUAGUGGAAAGUGUUGACCUUGUGGUCAACUCCUUUGAUAUCCGUUUGGCUGUGCAAAGGAAAAGGAAAACACAAGCUGUGAGACAUCUAGGUGAUUAAUUGUCUGAUUUUAUACGUACGCGUUUCGCAGAAUCCUCCCCAUUUCUUGUUCGAAUUUUGGCAAAGACAGCAAUGGCAACAGGGUCUUUAGAACUUUCCCAUAUUAAGAGAGAAAAUGUUACAGCCAAGAAUCCAGAUUUUCAAAGACUGCAUUCAGAAGAAAGUGCUGCUAUUAGAAGACCUCUUGGUAUUAAGAAAUCUAUUUCAUGGGGAAACCGAUCUGAUUACACCCGGUCAUUGUCUCCGCAAGCCUUAACUGUAGCUGUGUUUCUAGUGGAGAAGUCAGGCCGUCUGUUGAACCUGGAGGAGGGAAGAAACACUGAGGCAGGGACAAUUAAUACCAUCAUGUCAGAAAAUCUUUCUCUUCCCCCUAUUGCCUCUCAGGUGUUUUGUGUGUGGCUUAUAUCUCCUCUUUUACAGCUUCAGUUAAAAUCUCAUCACAGGCCAUUCCGGCUACGUCAGGUAUGGCCAGAAUUACUCAGGAAGUUUACAAACACACCUGAUGAAGUUUGCGAGAAAGAUGAACCAAUCCUGUGUUAUCAGAGGAGUUCUUUUUUUCCUCUAGCAGAGGAACGGAGAAUUAAAGAUGAUAGAGUUGUUAGAAGGUUAUUUGAAGAGGCCAAACACAAUGUUCUUUGUGGCAAUUAUCCUAUCAGCUCCAAAGAUGCUCUCACAUUGGGAGGAAUUCUUGCUUAUAUAGACAAUGGCAAAUAUGAUAAAGAAGAACAUGCUCCUGGCUGUUUCAAGAACAAGCUGACAGAUUAUUUACCAGCAUGGGUCUGUAAAUCCAAUUGGCCAUUCCUUGGUCGAUCACCAAAUUCUGCUAUUGAACACAAACUCCUGCAGGAAUAUGAAAAUGUCUCUCAGCAAGUUAGUGAUGUCAAAGCUUGCCAUAAAAUGUUCUUGGAGUACUGCUGGAAUUUUUCGUUUUAUGGGAGUGUUUUUUUCCGGGGCCAAAUCGAGCGACCCACAUCCUCCCUGCUGUCAAACAUUCUAGGGAAUUCUGACCUACCUGUUAGAGUUGCCAUCAACAGGGAAGGUGUCCAUGUGAUUGAUGACAAUAAAAAUGAUAUACUUCUGAGCUUAGCAUUUGAGGAAUUAUCUUGGGACUACACACCUGCCCCUGCACAUGAGCCUGGGUGUUUGGAUACCUUUUGGUUGGAGUUUGAUGCCCCUGAUAGAAGCAGUGAUCCAGAAGCAGUGCAAAGGUUACAGAUUUUCUCCAAACAGGCUGAAAUGAUGGAUGCCAUGGUAGAGUCAUGUGUUCUUUGUGAUGAAUCUGGACCACAUGGAACACUGGGUAAAGUGAGAUGUAGAGUGGACCGUCUCAGUCUCUCAACUCUUGAAGGAACCUUGGACAGAAAGAAGGGGUCCAACAGGUCUUUCACUAUGUCCAAUCCUUUCAGGAAAAGGCAUUCAACAGGUCAUUAAGCAGACUGAGUGUAAAUCUUAUUCAUGAUUAUCAUCCCUUCAGUUGAUAAAAUAAAUGUUGUGGAGGCUUUCUUCAAGACCAAAGGAUGUAAGGAGAUAAAAGUUUUGUGAAGAAGUCUACAAUUAUAUUAAGUUUGAGUAAAAUGUGUAAAUAGUUUCUACUGUACGAAUGCUAUAAAACCUAGACCCAAUGUUUUACUGUCUCGCAAUGGUGACCAUAAGAUUUAGUUACUGGAUGUAUAAAGUAUGAGCUAGAUAACCCUCAAUAUGAACACAGAUCAUCCUCACUCUCGUUUUGAGAAGUUGAUCUUGCAUCUAAAUAUCGUCAGCUCAAGGUGCAAUAAUUUUUUUUUGCCUUACUCAUCAGUUGCCGCUAACAUUUGCGACUCGUAUGGGAAGACAGCGGUUUCUGUUAUUCAAGGCCGAAUUAUAGCGACUCUCACCUUCGAUCAAUUUUGCCAUGUUCACUCGGCAGAUUUCUCAUAAUGUAUGUCCAUGAUAAUUUUUGUGAGACUGACAUUGAUCUGAAACUCCUGGCAAUUGGAAGUUAAAUUAAUAAAGAGAGUAAGUUUCCAAAGAAACUGUGGUGCUGCGUCGGAGGGAGAGUAUAACAGAAUAAUGUAGUAUCAUGAACCGAGUUGGAAACGUAAAUUAGUUUAAAAGCUGACGUUCCUAGCGAUAGCCCUUCGUCAGAGCGAUUAACAAAGGGCUAACGCUCGAAAAGUCAGGUUUUAAACUCUUUAUGGUGGCCAAUUUACAGUUGGAAGUCAACGUGUUUUAGCUCUUAGAUUACAGUUGUCCUGUCCAUCUUUACUAAAAAUUUGUAGGAGGAAGCGCUUUAAUCCAGGUAGUUAAGGUCGCUUGUACGUUAGGUCCGCUUGAAAUACUCAAGAACCUAGUAGCGUUUUCAGUCAGUCUUGUAACUUUGUUGUACUAUACAGAUUACUAGUGAAUGAGAUGUGCAUGUAGUGUCCUUAAAGCCUAUUUAAGAGAUCUUUUUUAAAUCAAACGUUGAUAAAGGUUUAAAAUUGGUUGUAGCGUAGUGAAGGUAGUUUAAGAAACGUUUUAAACUAAGGUAAAGACCAAAACAAAGUGGUGAAAAGUAAAGUCAAAAAAUACAGUAAUGUGGAAAACUUG